UUUCUUUUAAACCCGCUAUAACUCCGUGAAAUCACAAGCUUAUGUAACAAGRCGUAAAGGAUCUGGUCGACGCGUCKUAUAGUUCUUAARCAAGAUCUUCUUGUUCGUUGCAAAGCUUGGGACGUCUCAAUCAAGAGCAAAAAGAGUUAAAAAGACAUAUAGUUCUAUUCCUAGACGUUGGUCUUCAUAGUCUGUUUGCSRUCAUUGUUGACUUUCGAGGGAAUUAUCACACACGAAGCUAUUAGCAAGUGGUAGAAUCGAAUACAAUUUCUACACAGUUGGAGAGAUGAAUUUAUUUUUCCCUCAAGGAAAAUAAGUUAUCAAUUGCUUCCAUUUUAUGGCUAAAUGAUUGGAUUUAAUAACUCCUGAAACUGAUACAGCAGACGCGAAGUUCUAGAGUUAAUGUUCCAUGGUCUGAUAAAUCCAAGAGUUAUAAUUACUUUACGAACUUCCUGAGAAGUCUGUKUUUGAUUCAAAAUGCGUUUCAAGAUGGCGCAGAGCGAGGCGGAUGGAUUGUUCAUGAAAGCAAAUAGAAAGCAUGAAAUCUUAUUAAAUUUUGAACUCAAAAGAAUCGCCGUCGAAAAAAAGAUGCGUGAACGAUACUUCAACUUCGAAAAAUCCUUAAUGGUYGCUCAUCAAAGUAAAAUCAUUGCAAGGCAGAAGGCUCUAGGUAUCUACCGUCCCAAAACGACUCCYGAUAAGAAACGGACUGCCACCAACUCAUUUUUCAUUGCUAACGUUUCUAUGGAAACYAAGGGUCGUGCGAAGCUUCCUCCUCUGAAGGAAGCUCGGCGAAGAGCAAAACCUCCUUGUGAUAAAAAGGCAUCCGGGUCASUUUCGGCUCGUGCGAAUUCUACAAGAAACUUGUUCACUAUUCAUCAUARCAGUUCACCGGAUUUAAAACAGGGCUGGUCUUUGACGGAAGUCGCAGAUAGCGSAGAAUCUUUGGUGGAUAAAUGCUUAGAUUCUAAAAUAAUGGAAAGCAUAGAUUCAGUCGAUAAUGCUCCCGCUGGAAUACAGAAUGCAACCCGCGUAGCAGGAAGUGAUGUUCAGGAUAAAAAAGACGACGCCUCAAGUACUGCACAUAAUGGUGAAAGCUUGUCUGAACAGAAAACGAUUCAAAAUGUGUCUGAAAAGCGUCCCAGUUCUGGAAAAGAUACGAUCUGUAAUGCGAAAUCACAUGAAGACACUCAUAACUCCAGGGACRCAMCGGAAAARACAUCAAUCGAUUCUCAGCAAGUUGYCGRAGAGAGCGACGCGGAAAAWGAUAMCGGAAAAACACAAAWAUCAACCCAAAUAGAAAAUAUGCACCAAAAUAACAAUAAUAAGUCGUCAAUGGGUGACAGCGAAGAUCGACCCAAAUCUGCUAGGAGUCUAGAGAAUGRUCUAGAAGGUGUUCAGGCGGGAAUUUUGAAUCUAAACCUGCGCGCACAAUCUGCGGGAGUCAAGACSAAGUGAUUAUAAACUAAAAGAUUGGAUCAAUUGAUUUGUGAUAUUUAUCAAGACUUGACAAUAAAGGACUUCAAAAAUUUUAUUUUUAGUUGACAUCUUAAUCCAUUUUCAUGAAAGACCCAUGAAAGCCACGUACAUAAAAGUACCUUUUUAAUAGAAAACUAGUUUUCGUCUCAAAAGGAGACCUUAUCGCUAAUAAGGUAUUUAUUAUUGCACAACCGAAUUGAUAAGGUCUUAAAGACGAAAAGUAGUUUAAUUCUACAUCAAAGAAAAUGGUUUUAUGUACUAGAAUGGGCAACUAAUAGCUUAAGAUGUCAGCUAAAAAUGAAGAUCAAAUGAUUAUCACUCAUUUACAUUUUUCAAUUUUUGACAUUCUGUAGAUAAUAAAUAUUAAAACUUCAGAUUUUCUUA